GGCAUCGUCUAAGUCAACCUUCAGUUUCUAUUCUGUUUUCGCAUGACAAUUGUCAUGACAAAUGGUUUGCUUGAUCAUGGAUGUUUCUGCUUUGUAACAGCCGGAAAGCAGCCACCAAGCAUCCCCGAUAACACGACAAUGUAUGUUUUGUGAGAACAUGAUAUUAUCAGCAUUAUUUUCGUUAAUAUAGAAACUAGAUAUACACAUGUUUUGAGUAUUGGUAGAAUCACAUUCCAAUACUAUAAGCGUACGCCUCAAAACAAACACCUGAACAACAUACAACACAAACUCACCUCCACUUGAAGCCGCUCAGUCGAAGAAAGUUGCACAAUCUGAAUCAACACGCUAGCGAUAACGUCAUUCGCGAAGUCAACCGAAUCGAUGCUAUUUAGCAUAUUAUUGUGGUGAAAAGAAAGUGUGAUAUUGCAUUCGUUUAGUUUAACCAUUCCACGCUUCCCAGCGCACUAGACAGAAUGUCCCUCACAAAGCUCCACAGCAGCAUUUUCCAUCCAACUUUGCGGAAACUCCAGUGUCAGGAUGUGGACAUAGCGGCACACAAUCUCAUGUAUCCGAUUUUCUUGGUUGAGGAUGUCGAUGCUGUCCAGGAAAUUCCCAGUAUGCCAGGGGUGGCUCGAUAUGGAAUCAAUCCUCUGAAAGAACAUUUAACUCCGUUGGUUGAAAAGGGUCUUGCGUCGAUUUUACUUUUUGGAGUUGUCGAUAAAUUGCCUAAGGAUGAAAUUGGAUCAGGUGCCGAUUCGAAAGACAACCCAGUCAUCAAGUGCCUACCACUGCUUCGUCAGUGGUUCCCCAACCUGCUAAUCGCAUGCGACGUGUGUUUAUGUCCUUAUACAAGUCACGGUCACUGCGGCAUCCUCACAGGAGAUGGUUUGAUUGACAACGAGCCCAGCAUCCAGAGAAUCGCGGAAAUAUCGCUUGCGUACGCAAAAGCCGGUGCCCACAUUGUAGCCCCGUCAGACAUGAUGGACAAUCGCAUCUCGGCCAUUAAAACGAUCCUGCGGGAAAACAAGAUGUCCAACCGGACUUCUGUUCUCUCCUACUCCGUGAAGUUCGCAUCCGGAUUCUACGGUCCGUUCCGAGAUGCUGCCAAAUCGGCCCCCGCUUUCGGAGAUCGAAAGUGCUACCAGUUGCCAUUCGGAUCGAAAGGGAUUGCCAGGCGUGCGGCGAAACGUGACGUCGAGGAGGGCGCCGAUAUGCUCAUGGUGAAGCCCGGAAUGGCUUACUUGGAUAUCGUGAAGCAAACAAAGGAUGAUUUUCCGGAACUUCCGUUAUUCAUUUAUCAGGUUUCAGGUGAAUAUUCGAUGCUUCUGAAUGCCGGUAAAAUUGGUGCUUUCGAUCUACAGGCUGUUCUUUGGGAGAUUCUAAUUGGGAUGCGUAGAGCUGGUGCAGAUUGCAUUAUCACUUACUUCACCCCCAUGCUACUGGAUUGGUUAAAAGAAUAGAGCUCGUAUUCGAAUUUGGAAAGGUGUCGGUGGAAGCAAUUUAAAAAAUCCAAGUUUACAUUUGAUUCUAAAUUUUUUUUGAACAAAAGAUCGAGAAGAUGAUUCAAAGUAUAUUGAACUAUUUCACAAAA